AUGUUGAGCCGUCUCGGGGCAAACGCAGCCGGAGACGAUCCCGGCAACGCUCCAAAGAGAACGGCGGCGGCGACUGUGGGAAAACCAGAAACCAAGGAGCCCAAGGGCGACGUCCCGCCCUUUCCUGAGCUGGUACGAUUUGUCGAUGUCGGGCUGGUCAGCAUUACGCGGGAGCUGGCCAAAAAUGCCACACCAGGCGCCCCUGUCCCCAUUACCAACGUCGAUCCAAAAGCAACACCGUCGAUUCCAUCGACAUCCCCAUCCUCAUCCACACCAUCCUCCCCGUCCCAAUCACCCACUCCAUACACAGCUGUCUUUAUUGUCCGAUCCGGCCAUCCGUCGGCAUUCUACUCGCACUUCCCACAGAUGGUGGCUGUGGCCUCGCAGCAAGGAGCGGCGUCGGUGCCGCCGUCUCCGCCAAUCCGUCUAGUCGGAUUCUCUCGCGCAGUCGAGGACCGCCUCAGUGCCAGUCUAGGUAUUCCGCGGGUGUCUAGCAUUGCCCUCCGAGAAGGGGCGCCACAGUCGCAAGGUCUUCUCAGCUUUUUAGAGGAGACAGUCCCAGCUGUCGAUGUUCGCUGGUUGAAAGAAGCACAGGCCGGACAAUACCGCGAGACACAGAUUCGGAUGACCGAAGUCAGCGUCGGUCCCAAGCGGAAGAAGAAGGUAUAG